AUGCUACGCACGUACAUCCAGGCAGAUGAGAGGGAGUUGGAAGGCCUGCUGCCUGCCUUGGAGCUAGCGUAUAACACCACCAGUCAUUCCUCUACUGAGCUUUCCCCCUUCGAAAUCAUGAUUGCGGAGAAUCCCUUAACCGCAGCGGACCUCGACAUUGUUGGUGCUUUGGCUCCUACGCUCACUCCCCUUAUGACUAAACUCUUCCGGCAGCUCUGCGAUCGCGCACGAGCCACAUCAUCCAGGCAAAGUGGCGUCAGAAAUACUACGCUGACGCCCGCCGCAGGGCUGUGGAGUAUAAGGUGGGCGACCAAGUCUGGCUUAGUGACAAACACUUACCUGCUCUUAACCAUUGUUCUAAGUUUGAACCUAAAUACCGUGGGCCCUUCACAGUGA